UGGGGUGGAGCGGACCAUUAAGGGUUGCCGGGAGCCAUGUUGGUGUUGAAUGAAGGGAGGGUGAUGAGAUGCUGCGCCCGGAGAGCCAGCCUGUGAGGAAAGGGAGCGCAGAGUAGAUGGUAGCUGCCGGGGCCAGGAGGCAGAAAGGAGGUCCGGAGGAGGGGUGCCCUGCCGGCCAGUGAGGGCUGUAACAUGAGACAAGGUACUAUGGCUGCUCUGCUGAGGGGAGCCAGCCUGCCUUGCCAUCUCCUCCCGCUGCUUCUCAUCCUCCUCAUCCCUUUGUUCACUUCCAGCCGGGGAAAGCAUGCAGGGACCUGGGACACAGCUGGGCCGCCCCCUGCCCAUCCUCUAGGCACCGACCGGCACAGCCUUGCCCACAACAGGUCUUCCAUUCAAGGGCUUGUGUGGGAGAUCUACUGGGCUACUAUGGCUCAGUGUGAGGCCAAGAGGAAUGGCAGCCAGGAGGGGCUCUUGGGGGGCCCUUGGAAUUUAACCCUUUGUUUGCAAGGAAACUCCACAGGACCCAAUGCCACAGGGACGCUUGAUGGAUUUAGGGGGUGCAGUUUUGCCAAGUGUCUACUCAGGACAGCUGGCAGAAAGCAACCCAGCGGGGGCUGGCGGAUUUCCCUACACUGCCCUGGAAAGCCAGGGGAUGCACCCAGCGUCUGCCUUUGCCUGCCAAAUUCCAUGUUUGUGCCUCCAUCCUGUAUAUUUAGGACCAAGGGAAAGACGGAAGAUUUAAACGGACAGAACCCAAAUGCACGAGGGGCCGGUGGGACCGUAUGCCCCUGUUGUUGGAUUACAAAACGGAAAGAGCUGCCUAGCCAUUCCAGGGAACACUGGGUAUUCCUGCUUUCCUCUGAACCCCACUGCCUUAACAAUUACAGCAAAGACAAUAUUGUACAUCACUGCCAGCCAAGAUUACAAUUCAGUCGUGCCACCUCAAGCAAUAGGAGAACAAACCAAUGGAAUUUAAUACGAUGCACAUUGAACCCAAGUGUGUGCCCUGUAAAUCUCCAUCCGAAUGAUGACAGGUAUGUCCAUGCUCAUAUAAUACAAAGCAGAUGCCUUUCAAACACAAACCUUGUCUUCCUCUUACACUGCUUUUCUACUAGUUUAACAUGGGGCGUAGAAUGUGGAAAGGAGGCACGUCAGGAUGGAGCCUCUAAUGAGGCAGGACCUUUGGAUCUAGUUUAUUUAAUCCCUAUUAUUAGCAGGACUUGUCAGCAUCAGGCUGGGAAUAGCAGCCCCCCUGACUCUGCUGGUGGGACAGCUUUGUGUGAGUGUGCAAGAAGCCUGUGUCAUUGUGCAGCUGGCAAGGGGGGGCUGUGCUCUGCCUGGGGUAGGAAUUUCAUUUGGGACUGCCUGCUCCUUUCUGUCUAUUCAGAUCUUCGGAAGGAGACCAGGGAUUCCCUGCAAGGGGUAAGGCAACGUGUGCUCCAGUCUGUGAAACGAUGUCAGAAGGCAUAUUGCAACCCUUCCCUGGAUAAAUUAAGUCAUGCCAGCUUUGAUCUGUGUAGGAUUUGUAUAAAUGACUGUAUAAAGCCUGGGACCCAUCAGCAUGCCCACAAUAAAUCCUUGUAUGUAUCUGUGUGGAUCGUAAGCAUAACUCGGGCAAAUUGUACUGAAUGUCUAUCCCUAGCUAAAUGCUUGGAGAAUCCCUGCUGUUGCUUGCACAGAUGUUCUGCUGUCUGGGGCCCCUGUACCCCUAACUGUAACAAGGUCCCUGACCUCACCUGGGACAUGUAUAGGCUGACCUGUUCUGAUGGGGGGUCUAAGCUGCAGACUGAGGGCAGCACAUCAGCAGAGGCGAUUUCAGCACCAGCCGAGGGAACAGCUCCCACCUCACAGCCGGCUGCUGAGCUCAAUCCUCCCUCCUUUGCCCCGGGGGUUCAGCAUGAGCCGCCUGAAAUGGAAGCCUGCUCUCUUUACUUCCCCUUUAACUCAACCAAAGGUUGCUUAAAAACUACUUUUCCCAUAAAGGAUCUUGGGAAGCAUCCAAAUAUCGAUUUGACUUCUCUCCUUCAGUUACAGUCCAGCAAAGCUAUGCAACCAGAUCCGUUUCACCCCCCACUUAGAACACAUCCACAGGGUGUCAAGCACAGGAGCAGUGGGAGGGACAGAGAAAGGGCAUCCCUGCCAUUAAUAAGGAGUCGUAGGGCAGCCAACCGCCACCCUCACUUCCCCCAGUAUAAUUAUCAGGUUCAGGUGGCUGAAAAUCAGCCCCCUGGGACUCCUGUCAUAACCAUGUCAGCACAAGACCCAGACACAGGAGAGGCUGGGAGGCUUCGCUAUACCAUGGACGCUCUCAUGAACAGCAAGUCGUUGGAGCUGUUCAGUAUAGAUUCAGUGACGGGCUUAAUUUCCACCAUAGAAAUUCUAGAUAGGGAAAGCAUGGAUUUGCAUUAUUUUAGAGUCAGUGCCAUAGAUCAUGGCACCCCACGCCUCUCAGCCACUACCAUGGUUGCCAUUACAGUCUCAGACAGGAAUGACCAUAGCCCACUGUUUGAGCAGUCAGAAUACAGGGAGAGCAUUAGAGAGAACGUGGAGGAGGGAUACCCUAUAUUGCAGUUGAGAGCCACAGAUAUGGAUUCCCAAGCCAACGCCAACAUCAAAUAUCGUUUUGUAAAUGAGCAAGCAGCCCACUCUGUAUUUGAAAUUGAUGCAAGGUCUGGCUUGAUUACCACCAGUGGGCAAGUGGACAGGGAAAAAAGGGAGAAAUAUUCCCUAAUUGUUGAGGCCAGUGACCAAGGUAAGGACCCCGGCCCCAGAUCCUCUACUGUGAAAGUUGAUAUUACCAUUCUGGAUGAAAAUGACAAUGUGCCACAGUUUAGCGAGAAGCGCUACAUAGUUCAAGUGAGGGAAGAUAUCAAAACUCAUACUGAGAUCGUAAGGGUUACAGCAACUGACAUCGAUAAGGACAGCAAUGCUUUAGUCCAUUAUAACAUUAUAAGUGGUAACAGCAGAGGGCAGUUCUCCAUUGAUAGUGUUACGGGGGAGGUGCAGAUUGUGACACCCCUGGACUUUGAGACAGAGAGGGAGUACACACUCAGAGUUCGUGCACAGGAUGCAGGGCGCCCUCCACUGUCCAACAACACAGGCACCAUAAGUAUUCAAGUUGUGGAUGUCAACGACCAUGCCCCUAUAUUUGUCAGUACCCCCUUUCAAGUGUCUGUGUUGGAAAAUGCACCUUUGGGCCACUCCAUCAUACAUAUCCAAGCCAUAGAUGCAGACUAUGGAGAAAACUCACGUGUGGAAUACAAGUUAACAGGUAUGAAGCCUGAAAGCCCAUUUGUGAUAAACAGUGCUACUGGCUGGAUCACUGUGAGUGGGCCUUUGGACAGGGAAAUGGUAGAACAGUAUGUAUUUGGAGUCGAAGCUAGGGAUCAUGGGAAUCCUUCAUUAUCAGCCUCGGCUGGUGUUACCAUCACAAUUAUGGAUGUCAAUGAUAAUCGUCCUGAAUUCACGCAAAGGGAGUAUUUUAUUCGGCUAAAUGAAGAUGCCACCGUAGGGACCAGUGUGCUUAGUGUGACUGCUAUUGACAGAGAUGUAAACAGUGCUAUUACAUACCAAAUCACUGGGGGCAAUACGCGCAACCGUUAUGCCAUCAGUACACAAGGGGGUUCAGGGCUUAUCACUCUCUCUUUGCCUCUGGACUACAAGCAGGAAAGGCGCUACGUGCUCACGGUCACUGCCUCUGACCGCAUUCUUCACGACAACUGCUACGUUCACAUCAACAUCACUGAUGCAAACACCCACAGGCCAGUUUUUCAAAGUGCCCAUUACCCCGUAGAUAUCAACGAGGACCGCCCCAUUGGCAGCACAGUGGUUAUUAUCAGUGCCUCAGACGAGGAUGUGGGGGAGAAUGCCAGAAUUACCUAUUCCUUAGAAGACAAUAUCCCUCAGUUCCGUAUAGACCCAGACACGGGAGCAAUCACCUUGCGAGCAAUGCUUGACUACGAGGAUCAGGUAACCUACACACUUGCCGUCAUUGCAAAGGACAAUGGAAUCCCUCAGAAAUCAGAUACAACCUAUGUGGAAAUUAUGGUCAAUGAUGUGAAUGAUAACGCUCCCCAGUUUGCGAACACACAGUAUCAUGGAAUAGUCUCAGAGGAUGCGCCCCCCUUUACCAGUGUUGUCCAGAUCUCUGCCACAGACCGGGACUCCCAUUCCAAUGGAAGGGUUCAAUACACUUUUCAGAAUGGAGAUGAUGGAGAUGGGGAUUUCACUAUUGAGCCAACAUCUGGGAUUAUCCGCACUGUCCGGAAGUUGGACAGGGAGAGUGUUCCUUUCUAUGAGUUGACGGCUUACGCCGUAGACAGAGGGAUGCCUCCUCUGAGAAGUCCAGUCAGAAUCCAGGUUGCUGUCCAGGAUGUUAAUGACAAUGCACCCGUGUUCCCAGCAGAUGAAUUUGAAGUCUAUGUGAAGGAGAACAGCAUUGUGGGUUCAGUGGUCGGUAAAAUCAAAGCCACGGAUCCAGACGAAGGUCCCAAUGCACAAAUUAUGUAUCAGAUUGUUGAAGGCAACAUCCCUGAGAUAUUCCAAAUGGAUUUUUUCUCUGGAGAGCUCACCGCCCUCAUAGAUUUGGAUUACGAAGCAAAACCUGAGUACGUCAUUGUAGUGCAGGCAACGUCAGCUCCCCUUGUUAGCCGGGCAACGGUCCGUAUUAAGCUUAUCGAUCAGAACGACAACAGCCCGGUCCUAAAAAAUUUCCAGAUACUUUUCAACAAUUAUAUAUCCAACAGUUCCAAUACUUUCCCAUCGGGCGUCAUUGGAAAGAUACCAGCCUACGACCCCGACGUAUCAGACAGAUUACUGUACACUUUUGAGCGUGGGAAUGAACUCAGUUUAUUAAUCGUGAACCAUUCCAGUGGGGAACUACGGCUGAGCAGGAAGCUGGACAACAACCGCCCAUUGGUGGCAUCCAUGCUGGUAACGGUGACAGAUGGAAUACACAGUGUAACAGCCCAGUGUGUCCUGCGUGUCCUGAUCAUAACCGAGGACAUGUUAUCCAACAGCAUCACCGUACGCCUGGAGAACAUGUCCCAAGAACGUUUCCUGUCCCCCUUGUUGACCAGUUUUUUGGAAGGAGUUUCUACGGUGUUGGCCACCCCAAAGGAAGACAUCUUCAUCUUCAACAUUCAGAAUGACACGGAUGUAGCUGGCUCUGUACUGAACGUCAGCUUUUCAGCCUUGGCGCCCCACGGUGACCGUUCUCAGUUCCUCAGCUCGGAGGACCUUCAGGAACAGUUGUACAUGAAGAGAAUGACGUUGACUUCAGCCUCCAUGUUGGAAGUUCUUCCCUUUGAUGACAAUGUUUGCCUGAGGGAGCCCUGUGAGAAUUACAUGAAAUGUAUCUCUGUGCUCAAAUUUGAUAGCUCUGCCCCUUUCAUUGCUUCGGAGUCCAUUCUUUUUCGUCCGAUUCACCCUAUUACGGGUUUACGCUGCCGCUGCCCACAGGGUUUCACUGGGGAUUACUGUGAGAUAGAGAUCAACCUUUGCUAUUCCAACCCCUGCCAGAAUGGUGGAGUCUGCGCCAGGAGAGAAGGUGGCUACACCUGUAUGUGCCGUGAACGUUUUACAGGUGACAACUGUGAAGUGGACAGUGGCUCAGGACGUUGUGUCCCCGGUGUGUGCAGGAAUGGAGGAACCUGUGUCAACCUAGCAGAAGGGGGUUUUACAUGUCAAUGUCCAUCUGGAGGCUUUGAGAAGCCAUUUUGUGAGCUGUCGACGCGCUCCUUUCCGCCAAAGUCUUUUGUCAUGUUCCGAGGGCUGCGGCAGAGGUUUCACAUGAGUCUUUCCCUCUCGUUUGCCACGAAGGAGAGGAACGGCCUCCUGUUCUACAACGGGCGACUGAACGAGAAACACGACUUCAUCGCUGUGGAGAUAAAUGACGGACAGGUGCAGCUGAAAUACUCCACAGGUGAAUCCAGCACCCUGGUGACUCCAUAUGUGGCCGGGGGCGUCAGCGAUGGAAGAUGGCACACCGUGUUACUGCGGUACUACAACAAGCCCAAGACCGGAUCCAUGGGGGUGGCCCAGGGACCCUCCAGAGAGAAAAUCGCUGUCCUGGCUGUUGAUGAUUGUGACAUUUCUGUAGCCUUAAAAUUUGGCAGUGAGAUUGGGAACUAUUCAUGUGCAGCAGAAGGGGUGCAGUCCAGCUCCAAAAAAUCUCUGGACCUCACCGGACCCCUGCUCUUAGGGGGUGUGCCCAAUCUGCCCGAGAAUUUCCCAGUAGCACACAGAGAGUUUAUAGGGUGCAUGAGGGAUCUCUACGUUGAUAACAAAAAGAUUGACUUUGCCUCCUACAUUGCAAACAACGGCACCUCUGCAGGCUGCCAUGGAAAGCAUACCUUUUGUGACUCCAACCCAUGUAAAAACGGAGGCACCUGCUCUGUGACCUGGGGCUCCUUCAACUGCAACUGCCCUUUGGGAUUUGGGGGCAAAGACUGCCGGAUAGCACUGCAAUACGCAUACCAGUUCAAUGGAAGCAGCCUCCUGUCCUGGGAUUUUAAGAACGAUGUGAAAAUCUCCGUUCCUUGGUUUCUGGGUUUGGCGUUUAGAACACGCAGGGCAGACGGGGUGCUGCUGCAGGCCCACGCAGGGCAAUACACCACUAUCCUGUGCCAGCUUGUCUCUGGCCUGAUUUCGUUCUCUGUCAGCCGGGGCUCCAGCCGUACCUCCGCCCUUCUAUUGGAUCAAAUGUUAGUGAAUGACGGGAAGUGGCACGACCUUCAAAUGGAGCUACGAGAUGUGCGCAGUGGGCGUGAAACGCGUUAUGUUAUAAGCAUCAACCUGGACUAUGGGUUCUAUCAGGACACUGUAACAGUUGGCAGUGAGCUGCAUGGCCUUAGGGUCAAGAACUUGUACAUCGGAGGAGUUUCCGGCCCGCGAGAGGUGCAGAAUGGCUUUGAAGGCUGCAUACAGGGGGUGCGCCUAGGAGAGACACCGAGUGGAAUAACCUUGCCUAAGCCAAGCAGUGCCUUAAAUGUUAAGCCUGGCUGCGGUGUUCCCAACAUGUGUGAUUCCAACCCGUGUCCGGGGAACAGCUCUUGUGUGAAUGAGUGGAUGAGCUAUUCCUGUGUCUGUCAUCCAGGAUACUAUGGAGAGAACUGCAUCGAUGUCUGCCAGCUAAACCCUUGUGAGAACAGAGGCGUAUGUCGGCACCAGCCCAGUGCCCCUAUGGGCUACACUUGCGAGUGCAGCAAGAAUCACAUUGGCCGGUACUGCGAGCACAGGCUGGACCAGCAAUGUCCUAAGGGAUGGUGGGGGAAUGCAACCUGCGGCCCGUGCCACUGUGAUGUGAAUAAAGGGUUUGACCCAGACUGCAACAAGACAAAUGGGCAGUGUAACUGUAAGGAAUUUCAUUACCGCCCCAAAGGCAGCGAGACGUGUUUGCCUUGUGAUUGUUAUCCUAUUGGCUCCUCAUCAAGGGCAUGUGAUCAGGAAACUGGCCAAUGCUAUUGCAGACCUGGCGUGAUUGGACGUGAGUGUAACAACUGCGAUAGCCCCUUUGCUCAGGUCUCACCAAGCGGCUGUGAAGUGAUUUAUGACGGUUGCCCCAAAACAUUAACAGCAGGAGUCUGGUGGCCCAGGACCAAGUUUGGCCUUCCUGCUGCCGUGCCGUGCCCAAAAGGAUCACUGGGUCUGAGGGGUAAAGGGGCCGCCAUCCGACACUGCGAUGAUGUCAAGGGUUGGCUGGAGCCAGAUCUGUUCAACUGCACCUCUCCGGCCUUUGUGGAGCUCUCUCCUAUGCUGGACGGCCUGGAGAGAAAUGAGACUGAACUGAACACAAUAGAAGCCAAGAAGCUGGCCUUGCGUCUGCGUUCAGUGACAGACCAGAUGGAUCAGUACUUUGGCAACGACGUCCACAUCACGUACCGCCUGCUGUCCUAUCUCAUGCAGUAUGAGAAUAAGCAGGAAGGGUUUGGGCUAACCGCCACGCAGGAUGCGCAAUUUACUGAGAACCUGCUGAAGACUGGAAGUUCCAUUUUGACUCUGGGCAACCGGGAGCACUGGGAGGCUCUGCUGCACAAUGAACAUGGCAGUGCCGGGCUUAUGAACCUGCUGUGGGAAUACAGCAGCACUCUGGCCAAGAACAUGAAGCUCACCUACCUGAAUCCUGUAGGCCUGGUGACCCCAAACAUCAUGCUUAAUAUCGAGAGAGUGGAAAACCAAAACUCUGCCAGGAGACAGUUUCCCAGAUACCACAGUCACCUUUUUCGGGGCCAAACUUUCUGGGAUCCCCAUACUCACGUGGUGCUGCCAGAGUCUGUCCUCGUGCCACCCAAGCCAAAAGCACAACCUACCACAGUGCCAACACCAACCACCGCUGACAUGAAUGUCACAGCCAAGGUACCUGUGCCAAAAAGAAUUGCCCAAGAGCCAGCGCCCACCAUUAUUAUCCUGAUCAUCUACCAGACUCUGGGAGAGCUUCUUCCUGCUCGUUACAACACAGAGAAACGGAGUCUUAGGCUGCCCAAGAACCCCGUAAUGAAUUCGCCCAUCGUCAGUGUUUCUGUCCUGCGCAAUCAGUCUCUAAUUCUGGGGGCCCUGGACACCCCGGUCGUAUUGGAGUUCCGCCUGCUGGAGACGGUGAAUCGGAGCAAACCAGUCUGUGUGCAGUGGAACCAGUCCGAACAAGUAGAUCCUCUUGGAAGUUGGACAGUUAAAGACUGUGAGCUCGUGUACAGAAAUACCACACACGUACGCUGUCAUUGUCCUCAGUUUGGUACUUAUGGGGUCCUGAUGGAUGGCUCCCACAGAGAGCAGCUGGAGGGAGACCUGGAGACCCUGGCCAUUGUCUCUUACACAUCCUUGUCCAUCUCACUGGCGGCUCUCGUGGCCACCUUCUCCAUCCUCACCUUUCUCAAGGGGCUGAAAUCCAACACCCGUGGAAUCCACUCCAACAUCGCCGUGGCCCUCUUUCUUUCUGAGCUUGUCUUUGUACUGGGCAUCAACCGCACAGAGAGCGAGUUCCUUUGCACUGUGAUAGCCAUCCUACUGCACUACUUCUUCCUCUCAACAUUUGCCUGGCUGUUCGUGGAAGGCCUCCAUAUCUACCGCAUGCAGACAGAGGUCAGGAACGUCAACUUUGGUCCCAUGAGGUUCUACUUUGCCAUUGGCUGGGGUGUUCCAGCUAUUAUCACUGGUCUGGCAGUGGGACUGGAUCCAGAAGGCUUUGGAAAUCCAGAUUUCUGUUGGAUAUCGAGCCAUGAUAAGCUAGUGUGGAGUUUUGCUGGACCCAUUGCUAUUGUUAUUGUGCUGAAUGGAGUUAUGUUCCUCUUGGUGGCCAAGAUGUUGUGCUCCCCGGGACAAAAGGAAACGAAGAAAAAUUCAGUUCUCAUGACUAUCCGCAGCUCCUUCAUUCUCCUCCUGUUUAUCAGCAUUACCUGGUUAUUCGGGCUUUUGGCUGUGAAUAACAGUGUCCUGGCCUUUCACUACCUCUAUGUUAUCCUCUGCUGCUUGCAGGGUCUGGCCGUGCUGGUUCUGUUCUGUAUGCUGAAUGAGGAGGUCCAGGAAGCUUGGAAAGUGGUCUGUCUCGGCAAAAAGGGCCCAGGAGAAGAAAUAUCCAGACAGGCUCAGGGUCCCAAUGCGUAUAACAACACUGCCCUGUUUGAAGAGAGUGGUCUGAUCCGAAUCACAUUAGGAGCCUCCACUGUUUCCUCUGUGAGCAGCGUACGCUCAGCUCGGACUCACUCCAGCCACAGACCCUACCUGAGGGAUAAUAAAGCCCCUCGCCACGGCUCUGCUGCAGCUCAGAGUGUACGAAGCCAACAUUCAGGCCCUACAGACCUAGAUGUGGCCAUGUUCCACCGAGAUGCUGGAGGAGGUCAGGAUUCUGACUCGGACAGUGAUUUAUCUCUGGAUGAGGAGCGCAGUCUAUCGAUCCCUUCGUCAGAGAGUGAAGAAAAUUUUCGCCCUCGUGGCCGAUUCCAGCGCCAGUUCAAGAAAGCAGCGCACAGUGAAAGGCUUCUUACCCACCCAACUAACCACCACCCUAAAGAUGUGGACGGCAAUGACCUCAUGUCUUACUGGCCAGCCCUGGGGGAUUCGGAGGUUCAGCCCAAUUCACUUCAGAAGUGGGGGUCAGAGAGAAAACUUGGGCUUGACCUGAACAAAGAUGCGGCUAAUAACAACCAGCCAGAUCUGACCAGCGGGGAUGAGAACUCGCUGACACAUUCCCACAGGCAAAGGAAAGGUAUUUUGAAAAACCGACUUCAGUAUCCGCCAGGUUUGGCAUCUGUUGGCAGAAUGACCAAUGAAUUAUCAUGGUAUAAAACUUCCACCUUGGGCCACCGGGCGGUUCCUGCAGCUUCUUAUGGCAGAAUGUAUUCUGGAACUGGAAGUCUGUCACAGCCGGCCAGCCGAUAUUCUUCCCGAGAACAGCUUGAUAUGUUAAUGCGAAAGCAGAUGUCCAGAGAACAGCUGAGCCGGAAUAAUUCAAGAGAACUACUUGAAGCUGUGCCCAGCAGGCAUGGAUCCAGGGAACAGCUGGAUACUAUACCAAGCAGGCACGGUUCCAGGCAACAUUUAGAUAUCAUUUCUAGCCGGCAUGGAUCUAGAGAACAUUUAGAAAGUAUACCAAGCAGACAUGGAUCUAGAGAACAUCUAGAUCAGGAAGACAUCAGAAACGAUAGCAGGGAUCAUGUAAAUUCCUUGCCCAAAAGACAUUGCUCUAGGGAACAUCUAGAGACGUUACACAGCAGAUAUGGAUCAAAAGAACAAAUUGAUCCAGGGCCGGUAAGGGAAUGGGUUAACACUUUGCCAAAUCAGCAAGUAUCUAGAGAGCAAAUGGACUCUUUACUCAAUAGACAGGCAUCUAGAGAACAGAUAGAUGUUCUUUCUAGAAGACAACCAUCAAGGGACCAAUUGGUAUUGACUCGGCAGCCUUCAAGGGAACAAUUGGACUUUUUAUCCAGAAGGUCUAAUUCCAGAGAACAACUGGACACAGUGCCUAGUACCCACUCAUUAAGGGAUAAUAUAGACCCUCUUUCUAGAAGGCAACCAUCAAGAGAAAAUUUAGAGCCCCUCUCCAGAAGGCUCCCUUCCAGGGAUAAUCUUGAACCUCUUUGUCGGAGGCAUCCUUCAAGUGAAAAUCUAGAAACGGUUCCCAGCCGUCACCCUUCCACCGAGCAGCUAGAUAUUCUUUCAUCAAUUCUUGCUUCAUUUAAUACAUCUGUUCUUUCAUCAACUACUAAUUCAACCCAGCAAACCUUGACACCUCCAGUACAGAAUUCCUCAACUCCCUCUGUGCUGUGCCCAUCCACACCUCAUUCUGCAACAUCGCAAAGUAUCUCCGAGAUGUCUGCAGAUGCUGAGUUAGUGAGGAAUGAUGCUCAUUCCUGAAAAACUCAGUUGGGUCAAAAAGAAAGGAAGGCACUGUGGUCAACUGCGCAUGUGAGCACCCGACAAAAUAUUGGCCAACAGAUGUCUGUAGUCCACUGGCCAGUUGCCACAAAAGGUGACUAAGCAGGAGAAGAAGGUCAAGAACCUCAGGUAUUUCCUUAUAGCACAUGGAAGUGGGAUACCUAAGGCAGAAGAACAUACAGAGGUGCGAGCGGAGCAGAGAGAAGGCGAUAGGGCGCAACUGACAGCACUGGCUCCACCAGUCAGAGGCCGCCGUGGCUGUGACACAUUCCUUUCAAAAGACUGCCGUCGGGGUGGGGUGGGGGGGGGGGAAGAGAGGGCAGAAUAAACCGAACAGACUUUUUUUUAUACAUUUUGUAUGUUUGUAACCAGAGCUAAAAGAAAAAUUUCUAUCCUUAUUUUUACGGAUUUUAUUGUCGUUGUCAUUCCAAUGCAGAUGCUGUUCCUACUGGGAUUAUUUCCAGUGAAUUCCUAAAAAGCCUUUGGUGACGCUUGGAUUGCAAGAUUAGGGAGGGGCAUGUCUGUUCUCAAAUCUGGAUUUAAAGGGGAAGUUUACUUAAAUCAGAUAUUCUGACAAUUGCUCUUCGGUUUUUUGUUUAUUUUCUCUGCCUUCUUGAAUCUGAAGACUUUGUGUUGAUUUUGGCCCUCUCUUGCUCAUCUUCUUGUCUUGCAUUAGACCACUGCGAGGUUGCAAGGAUGAGUUACCAGAUCGUAUAUGAGUUUCAAUGGCAUUUAAAAAUCCUCAUUAAAAGAUCAGUUGCAGAAUAGUUUUGGCAUACCGUGAAGUGAACCUCCCCUUUAAGCACAGAAUCCUAAUGGAGCCGGGGUAGUGAGUGGCAAAGGAGUUCCAUUUGUGUGAGGGGUAUUUGUAUCUGGCGCUUUAAACCUUUUCUCUAUACGUCUGACUUUAGCUGCUCACUGUAAUAGGGAGCAGUGAGAAUCUGUAACAUCAGGCCAAUCAGGUGCAGACAGGAGUCCAGCAAAAUGAUUGGGACACUGUGAGUUGUAGGCUAAUAACAUCCGAGAGGCUUCUGCUUGCCCUUCGUGUCUACAUGAGUUCUUCUGACAUGAGCGAAAUGCCUUAUUACCAGCCCAGUUACCAUGCGUGUAAAGGUAGGACUGGCGAACUACUGAGCAUCAUGGGAAGUAGGUUUGUUAA